AUGACAGAACUUACAAACCAACGCGUCUACCUCUCUGCUUCCCUCGUCGCUAUCCCGCUCUUCGUGCUCUGGUCCUGGAGACAGCGUCGUCUGAACAUUGAAGCUGCAGAAAUGGCCCAGACACCGACCAAGACUGUGGUCAUUAUUGGCGCUUCAUGGGCAGGUAUUCCUGUUGCGCAUGGAUUGUUGAAGGAUGUUCCCAACGCCAAGGUUGUGUUGGUGAAUCCUUCUGAGGACUUCUACUUCAACAUCGCAUCGCCACGCCUGAGCACCAAACCCAACGACAUCCCCCGCGAGAAAUACAUCUACCCUAUUGCCCCAUUAUUUGACAAACAUGCCAAUGCAAAGAAGAACUUUGAAUUUGUCCUCGGAAAGGCUACCUCCAUUGACCUUCAAAGCAAGAAUGUCAUUGUUCAAGACGUGAACAGCGGCUCAACCAAGACCCUCGCAUAUGACUACGUGGUUAUUGCCUCUGGAAGCACAUCCAACGCCACCACAGGCACCGACAGCUUACAAGUCCCCUUCAAGGAGUCCGGCACCACCAAACUCGAGGCCGAACUCAAAGCUGCACAAGAAGCCAUCAAAUCCGCAAAGAGUAUCAUCGUUGGUGGCGCUGGUGCAGUGGGCGUCGAAUUCGCCGGUGAAGCCGCCGAGGCUUAUCCCAGUACUCAAGUGACUCUGCUCACAAAUUCGGACAACGUCCUGACCGGCCUGCGCGAACCUACACGCCAAAAGGCGGCCAAGCUUCUCAAGCAAAAGGGCGUCAAGAUCCUGACUGACAAGACCGUUACCUCUGCCUCCAGGGACGCAGCUGGAAAAUGGAACGUGGUCACCGCGGACGGCCAGACAUUGACUGCCGACAUUUACGUCUCUACCACCGGUGUCCUUCCGAACAACGAAUUCAUCCCUGCCUCACUACUCAACAAAGACGGCUGGGUCGAGGUCGACAGCCACUUCGUCUCCAAGGCAGACCCUUCCGUCUAUGCCGUGGGCGAUAUCACGCAAUACUCUGCACGACUUGUGUCUCGCAUCUCCGGACAAGUCAGCGUCUUGCUCUCCAACCUCAAAGCCGACAUCACCGGAAAAGGGAAACGGGGUACGUACAAGGAUGAUUCAUCUCUUAUAGUUGUUAUGCCGAUUGGCAAGUCGACUGGAACAGGCCAAUUAGGAAGUUUCACUCCGCCUGGGUUCAUGGUGUCAUUUAUCAAGGGCAAGGACUACUUUACCGGGUCUGGCAAGAAGUUUAUCGCUGGCUAA